UCGGUCAAAGUUCAAUUAAUAUCGAAUAUACGACUAUUACCGUACAGUUUGGUCGCUUGUUCAUCUGGAUACUAGAAAACUUGAAAAGUUUUUAAAAGUUAAAAAUUAUGGCUUCAGUAGUGGGACUAACUCGAUUUUUACUUGGAAAAAACGUGAUAAACAACGGCCGUGGCGGUUCUAUUAAGUUUUACAGCACUGCACCACAAUAUGAGAACAUUAAAAUAGAAGUAGUUGGUGAAAAGAAAAAUGUUGGUCUCAUUCAAUUGCAUCGUCCCAAGGCCCUCAAUGCUCUGUGCAAACCAUUGUUUCAAGAACUUGGAAAAGCUGUCAAAGAUUUUGAUGCAGAUAAAGAAAUUGCAGCUAUUAUUAUAACAGGAAACGAAAAAGCCUUCGCCGCUGGCGCUGAUAUUAAAGAAAUGCAGAAUAACACAUACAGUUCGAACACCAGGGAGGGCUUCCUAAAAGAAUGGGAAGAUGUGUCAAACUGUGGUAAACCGGUCAUCGCUGCUGUCAAUGGAUUUGCUCUCGGCGGUGGUUGUGAGUUAGCGAUGUUGUGUGAUAUCAUCUACGCUGGCGAAAACGCAAAGUUUGGCCAGCCCGAAAUCAACAUUGGAACAAUUCCCGGGGCUGGUGGUACCCAAAGACUGCCCAGGUACGUGGGCAAGUCAAAGGCAAUGGAAAUUGUGCUCACGGGCAAUUUCUUUGGUGCUCACGAAGCGGAGAAAAUGGGUCUUGUAAGCAAAGUGUUUCCAGUAGAAAAACUUCUGGAGGAAACUAUUAAAUUGGCUGAAAGGAUCGGAACCCACUCGCCAUUGAUAGUGAAGAUGGCCAAACAAUCUGUUAACCAAGCUUAUGAAACCACACUCAAAACAGGCUUGCAAUUUGAAAAAUCACUGUUUUAUGGCACUUUCGCUACUGGAGACCGUCAAGAGGGUAUGAAUGCAUUUAUUGAGAAGAGAACUCCUGUCUACAAAAACAAUUAAUUUAAAUCAGACUUAGUUAUAAGGAUAAAUGGAUUAAUUAAUUACCUGGUAUAUAUAUUAUUAUGAUUUUUGGACUUUAUAUAUUUUUAUAUGUUGUUAUUGCCUUUGUAACUG